AUGUCAUUUAGAAUCUCAGCGUAUGGAAUAAAAGAUCAAAUAAAGUUACAUGAAACAUUGAGAAGUAAUUUAAGAUUAAGUAUGUUAAAUAAGAAGAGGAAAAGUGAGUUUGUUGAUUUAUCUGACUCACCGGUUGGGUAUGCCCAAUACCAAAUGUAUCAAGACCUUCUAUCAAGUAAUGACGAAGUUGUUAUACAAGCAUUGGACAUUUUUAAAAAUAUUAUUAAAUCACAAGAAUGCCCAUUAGAUAUAUUAAAUGUAAGUUUAUUUAAUCAAUUGAAUAACCUAACACAUAGGUCAAUUUCAGUUGUUGAAGCAUUAUUAUCUCUUUUAUGUGAACUAUCAACCUCUCUUGAUGAGAAUGUGAUAAAUAUAUUUUUCGAUUGUGGAUUAAUGUCAUAUUUGAUUAACAUUAUUAAAAAGCCACCAUCUAUUGAUUCGAUUCAUAUUUUUAUUAAAUCACUAGAUUUUUUUGCAGAAUUAAUAUAUGAUAGACAAACAUUACGUAAUAAUUUAUUAUCAAAAGACUUAUUAAAUUCUUUAAUGAACAUUGUUCAAGUCAUGUGUAAUUCUCCAGUAUUAAAUGAAGAAUGCCUUUCCUCAUUUCUUCGUUUCCUUAGUUCAUUCACAAGAGGAUUACCAAAAGAAUACAACGAAUUUACAAAUAAUCUCUUUUAUUAUUUAAGAGAUAAUUUUUUAAAAUUUCAUGGUGAUUCUGAAUAUAAUGUACUUGACAUAAUGAAAAAUACUUCAGUUAAUUCACCAGAGUUUAUAGAAAGAGUUUUAGAACAAGGGAUAAUGAAACAAUAUGUUGUUCUUUUAAUGCACAUUAAUGAGUAUUGUAAAUUAGGUUUAUUAAAUUUAAUAAGUGAAUGGAUUCAAGUAUAUCCAAAUACUUCUAGGUUCAUUGACCAAUUUAUUCUUUCUCUUCUUAAUCUCAUUCCUAAUAGUUCAGUUACAAUACUUUAUCAUUUGAUUGAUUUUUUAUAUAGUAUUAAUUCAAUAGAAAAAUAUCAUCAACGAUUUAAUGAUCUUUUAUUAUGUUCUUCAAAUUCUAUUGCAUUUAUUAUAGGUUGUUUCACCCAUAAUUUCGUAAAUAUAGCAUAUUCUUCAAUUAAUUUCAUUUCAACUGUUCUUAUUUCUUCAACAAACAAUGUUCAAAUUGUUCAACUAUUAGUAAAUAAUUAUUUUAUUGAAUUGAGUAGUUUCUGCCUUCAAAGGAUGUUUAUUUGUUCAAAUGAACGAAUCCUCUUUCUUUUGAUUAAAUCUAUUUUAAAUAUAUUUGAAGUUGAAUCAAAUUAUGCAUUAGCAUGUUCAAGUCCAAUUGAAUUAUUUAUUCAAAGUAAAGGAGAUUUGUAUAUUGAAGAAGUCAAACCGAAUUCACCAGAAACUAUCCUUUUAGUUGAGAAAAUAAAGUCAUUUUUGAUAAAUGAAAAAUCAAACAAUGAAAAUGAAAUUUAG